ACCAAAGGAGAAAUAAUCAGUUCCGUUCUCUCCUCUUCGUUUUGUUCAAAUCACAACCAUGACGAUCUUGACGAGGAUGGUGAAGGUGGCCGCCCGCAACGGCCGCGAAAAGUUGGAAUCCAUCAUCGACGGCUUUGGCGGCCGCUGGCGGAGCGCUUCCCGAUGCAAGCGGGUCGUGAGGCGAUUGCAAAACCGUCUCGCCAAAUCGAAGGACUCGAGGAUUGGAAUGGUGAAACGCCUUCGCCCCGAGGUAGCCACAUUCGUACAAAACAAGGAGAGUGAUUUGGCUCUGUUAACCGCGGAACAGAUUGUGGAGGACGAGAACACGAUCCAACUCUACGAGUUGCUGCACGAGUUAUGCCAGAACAUCGUCAACAACCUCCCGUACAUCCGCCUCCGCCACAAGGACUGCCCCAACGAGGUCAGCAGAGCCAUCUCCGCGCUGUCGUUCGCCGCCUCGAGCUGCCCCGAUCUCCCGGAGCUUCAAACCAUUCGACAGCUUUUCAUCGAGCGUUAUGGCGACGACUUGUUCGACAAGGCAUCGUCCCUGCACGAGGGUAAUUCGCAUAACCGUUUCUUUAACUUGGGAGUGGAGGAGAGGCUCGCGUUGAGGCGUACCGUCUCGGACGAUAUGAAGGUCAGAAAGGUUAGCGAGAUAAUCGGGGUGGACUGCAGCUCGAUGAGGAAAAGCAGAAAGGGUUCGAGUAGUGGUAAAAGUAGUAUUGCGGUGGAUGUUUCUUGCGGGAGAAGUUACCGUUACCAUCAGGACGACGACGAGGAUGGUAGUUGUGGUGGGAGUAGCAUUGAAAAGGUUUGGAAGUCGCUGGAGAGGAUGAACGUGGGAAUAAAGAAGUCGUCGGCGAUUCUGAAAGCGAGCUCGAUGCCGCAGCUAGGGGGUUGGUGCCGGUCGGACAAGGAUCUGGAGACGAAGGCGACGUCGAUGAAGCGGAUAGCUUCGCUUCCCAGCAUGUUGCCGAGCCACGUUCAUCCUAAGCUGCCAGAUUGCGAUGAUUUGGAGGAGAAGUUCAGAGCUCUCAAGAUGGAGUAUAUGAAAGUGAAACGCAGCGUUGCGGAGCCAAUCUUGUUACAUUGACUAACUAAGCGUUGCUAGCUGUGAUUGCAAUUCUUUGUCAUUCGUUUGUUACGGUGCUAACCUUUAAAGUUAAAUCCCUGAGCCGGAAAAACAACUCAACCCUUGGUCACGAUUCUUUUUUUUUUUUUUACUUUGUUAAAUAAGGAAGCAGUUAUACAUGUAUGAAUUUGGGUGACUUUCUCUAUAAUCAAAAGUUCAAAACUAGUUUAUAAGUUCUUGAUCCAUUAUGAGGGUUGUGCCCUUCACUAAAACCCCCUUUUAGUGCCUCCGGGCAGGGGUGUUCAAAUGAUUACCGUGGUAAUAACCAAACCAAUUUAGUCUAAAUUUCAUUAAUCAUGGAAUAAAAUGUCUUAACCAAA